ACCAUGCCAUUUCAGUUUAUGUUACGUUGCAGAACAAGACUCGUACAUGCGCGACGCUCCCUGGCUUUACCAAACGGCCGCUGACUGGAUGUCGAUGGCCUGAGAGGAGGAGUAUCUGUUGCAGUAACAACAUCCUGGAUAUUGGAGCCUGGCGGCGCACACGGCUACAGGAAUCGCGGCGAACGAAAAUAUACAGGAGGCGGUGUUAAUCGCGAAGGAUUCAGUCUACCGAUGCAGGGACAUUAACAUGAACUUGCCAACUUGUUCUUUCGGGCAUUAAUUGCGGAUUUAUGGUCCACGGCGCCGAUUUAUCCCGAGGCACCGACAAGGUGAUGCGGCGGUGGCAGGACGAGAUCGGUCCGCUACACGGCUGCCAGCUAAAUGCCUUUACUGGAGGAAAAAAGGCGCAGCACACGUCCGGCAGAGGCCGGCGUAAUAUAUUACUAAAAUAGCGCAUUAUGUAGAGGAAAUUAACGCUGUCCAUAGUGUGUAAUUUACAGCCAGUACUUGCGAUUAACCAGUUUUUAUUUUCGUUAUCGUAUCGGCUGGUCAGUUUGGCUCUGGAUAACGUUAACGUUCGCCGUCUCCGGUUGAGAGACGCUGCCACGGCAUUAAGCAGAUCGGGCCUGUGCUGAACACAGUCUCCAGGGCAUUUCCCGUUUAAUGUAACGGAAACUUUUAAGUUUACCUUCAACAUAAACGACCGAGCGGAGAGAAUACUUCCAGUGCUGUAACAUUAUCAUUUGGCCGAUUUCGUUGUGUUUAGGGAGCUUAUGUUUCUCAUUUGCCCUCUCAAGCUGUUUUUGUAUCGAUAAAUGAUCAGUGUGUAGCUAGUUUGAGAUAAAUAAUACCCGACACUGGCGAGGGCGGACUCGCCAUUUAUCGUGAAGAUAACGACUCGACGCAUCCCGCCUUGACAUCAAGAAGCAUUUGCAUCAAAUCGAGGAUCAUGGAUCAGAAUGAUAAAAAGACCCGCACGUUUUUUUUAGACUAAGAGGAAUCUGUUUUUCUGAUCUGCAGAGCAACCUAACUUUCUAGGAGACAAACAGAUGUUCAGCAGCAACCUCGUGUUCACCACGAUGAGAUAGUGUGGCAGACGCAAAACCAAAGCCUUGACCCUUAUCCCGCCAUAUUCCAGUCUUAUCAAAACAUGACCACUCCGGCUCUUUUGCCACUCUCGGGACGUAGGAUACCCACCCUCUCGCCAGGUGCCUCCUCAUUCCCCCACCAUAGAGCCACCUUACGGCUCUCAGAGAAGUUCAUACUCCUCCUCAUCCUCAGUGCCUUCAUCACAUUGUGCUUUGGAGCGUUUUUCUUCCUGCCGGACAAUUCCAAACACAAGCGGUUUGACUUUGGCUUGGAGGACGUGUUGAUACCGCACAUCGAGGCGGAGAAGGAGACGAGGCACAGCGGCAGACAAGUAAUACACGGUGUGGGGGCGCACGAUGAGUAUCGACACAGAGAGGAGGAGGAGAGCCUUCGUGACAAGAUCCGAGCGGAUCACGAGCGAGCUUUACAGGAAGCCAAGGAGAAGCUCCGAAAGUCCAAAGAGGAGCUGAAGGCAGAGAUCCAGACAGAGAAGACCAAGGUGGCUGAGGACCUGAAAAAGAAAGAUGGGCCCAAACCACUGCCACCAGUACCCAUGCCCAAACUCGUGGGGGUCAACGAUGGUGACCCUGGAGACCCUGAUAACAAGGAAAAGAGGGAUAAAAUCAGAGAGAUGAUGAAACACGCAUGGGACAGCUACAGGCAAUACGGCUGGGGCCACAAUGAAGUCAAACCCAUUGCCAAGAAAGGACAUUCCACUAAUAUCUUCGGUAAUUCCCAGAUGGGGGCCACCAUAGUAGACGCCCUGGACACCCUCUACAUUAUGGGCCUCCAUGACGAGUUUAAGGACGGCCAACAAUGGAUCGAACAAAACCUUGAUUUUAGUGUGAAUGCAGAAGUAUCUGUCUUUGAGGUCAACAUACGCUUCAUCGGAGGCCUUUUGGCUGCGUAUUACCUAUCUGGACAGGAGGUUUUUAAGGUGAAGGCUGUCCAGCUGGCAGAAAAGCUGCUUCCUGCCUUCAACACCCCAACAGGCAUCCCCUGGGCCAUGGUCAACCUGAAGACUGGUGUGGGCCGGAACUGGGGCUGGGCGUCAGCUGGAAGCAGCAUUCUGGCUGAGUUUGGGACUCUGCACAUGGAGUUUGUGCACCUGACAUAUCUGACAGGAAACCCUGCCUACUACCAGAAGGUAAUGCACAUACGCAAGCUGCUGGCUAAGAUGGACAGACCCAAUGGGCUGUACCCCAAUUAUUUGAACCCUCGUACGGGACGCUGGGGCCAACAUCACACCUCUGUGGGUGGGCUGGGUGAUAGUUUUUAUGAAUACCUGCUGAAAGCUUGGCUUAUGUCUGACAAAACCGACACAGAGGCUCGCAAGACCUACGACGAUGCCAUUGAGGCUAUUGAGCGUCACCUCAUCCGUAAGUCAAACGGCGGUCUUACUUUCAUCGGGGAGUGGAAGAACGGCCAUUUGGAGCGGAAGAUGGGUCACCUGACUUGCUUCGCUGGUGGCAUGUUUGCCCUAGGGGCUGAUGGGUCACCCGAUGAUAAAGCUGGACACUAUCUGCAGCUCGGAGCAGAGAUCGCCCACACCUGCCACGAAAGCUACGACCGCACUGUGCUGAAGCUCGGACCAGAAGCCUUUAAGUUCGACAGUGGUCUGGAGGCGGUGGCCGUGAGGCAGAAUGAGAAGUACUACAUCCUCCGACCAGAGGUCAUCGAGACGUACUGGUACAUGUGGAGGUUCACACACGACCCCAAAUACAGGCAGUGGGGCUGGGAGGCAGUGCAGGCCAUUGAUAAAUACUGCCGGGUAAGUGGAGGAUUCUCUGGCGUGAAAGAUGUCUACUCGUCCAACCCCACCUACGAUGACGUCCAGCAAAGCUUCUUCCUGGCUGAAACUCUCAAGUACCUGUAUCUACUUUUCUCCAGCGAUGAGCUGUUGCCUCUUGAGAACUGGGUCUUCAACACAGAGGCCCACCCCCUGCCCGUCCUGCACCUGGGCAACAUCACCCUGCCUGGCAGCGAGACCCAGCGGUAGAGUGGACUCUCCGAGGGGGCGCCCUCCCCCUCACUCGUCCCUUUUGUGUCCACGGUGAAGGAGAGGAGAGAACUUUCCCCACGUACCACAACCUCCUUCUGGACUGCAAAGGAUCUGACUGCAGUGAACGGAGGAGACCCAAACAGAUUUGACUCUCUUUAUCUACGUCUCUCAUAUAUUCUCUGAAGGACACACUGCUGGUUCAGCUCACAGCUUACAGUCACAUGACUGUGAGCGGAGCACUAGGGUCUUACACAUCCUAACCAACGUCCCUCACAGACAAACAAACAGCAUCGGUAUGAUCCCAUGGUUAAGCCGACAAAACGGACCUUCUAGAUGGAUGUGUGAUUCUCAUUGGGAAAAGGAUUUUGGCACAUUUGUUCUUUUUUGUUUGUGAGUUUGGCAGCGUUUUGUGUUAUCAGCUCAGUGCUAAAUCACAGGAAAAUGGGGGAUAAAUGUCUCUCAGAACAGACUGCCUUUUGGAACAACUCGCUCUCUGAGCUGGAACUACAGUGCUUUGGGCUUCUGGAAGACAGCGGAUGUUGGAUGUGACCUCCUGUGAAAUCACUUUCCAGCUGAGGUUCAAUUUGGGCCAGAAGCAGCCAGGGAUGAACUUUUCCUCUUCUCUUUUACCAGGAUUUCUCCCAUAAUAGUUGUAUCUCAAACACACACUGUUUGUAUGUCCAUCAGGUUGUAGUGCUUUUGGUUAAAGGUUAGUGGGUAAACCAAACCCCUCUGGUUAUUUGCAUACAGUACAUUUGCUGCUAUUAAACAGUUGCUGCCUGUGAAUCAGCUUCCACCUGUAUCAUCUGUUCAUUCCAGGAAUCUGCGUUUUCAUUCCCAACUUUCUUUGCAUCUAUUCUGAAUCGGCCAUGUUAAUAAUGUCAUUCAUUUGGCUUUUAAAGGUGGACAGGUGCAGUGUUUGGUUUAUCACAAAUGACAUUGAAUCAGUAAAACUUGUAUCAAGAGUAGUUUUAUAUUUGCUCUAGAUGCUAAUGCCGACGACUUUCAUGUUAACUUUUAUUUGUUGAGAUUGUCACUUUUUGGAAAAAGACCAGAUUCUUACAAUCAUCAUAGCCAACAGGUGAUCAAGAUUUUUUUACAGGGGUUGAGAAAAUAUACGGUUUCUGCCAUGAACCAGGAAACCCAGAAAAAUAUAAAAUCUGUAAAAUUAUGUUUGCAUUUAAGUUUAAAAUUAAGGGAUAUUUCUAAAGCCCAUUUGUGACUUGUCAUUCCUUUUACUUGGACAUGUUAUCAUUAAAUUCAAAUGCAGGAAGAUGUGAAUAUUUUAUGUAAGCUUUAAUCUGACUCAGAUGUUUCAGUCGUGGGAUUCAUCCUGGAAACACUCUUGCAGAAUAUUAGGAUCCCAGAGUGUGUUCUUUAAAAUACUUUGGCACGUUAUUUUGUUUGAUUCAACAAAACAUGCAGCAGAUUUCUUUUUUCUUAUUUAUUUUUGUUUAAUUUACCUUGAUAAAAAAUAUCAUGGAUUCUAUAACUUUAACAACGUGCUCAGACUUUUUUCCUAGUUGGGAAUUGCACAUCUUUAAACCCUGUCUGAAAAUAUUUUAUGUAAUAGAAAAAAAAAUAUUUUCAUUUCAUUCUCUGGUCUAAGAUGAUGUGUAUUCGGAUUAUGAAGGAAUCUGCUUGAGAACAAUUCUUUCAUUCCUUUGGUUUAUGCACCAAUUGAAUGGAUAUUGGGUGUCUCUGUCAAUGACUCCACUGAAGGGCCUUUCUGAUCGUAACCUUUUGCUUUAGUUCCUCCCUCCACUGUUGCAUAUUUUCAAUACUUUCAUCAAUUUCCACGAUCUUCUUACUUUUUCAUUCUGUAUCACUCUGGUCAUGUCUAAACAAUUCCUUUCCUCUAGAUGGCAGCAGUGGUAUAUUGCUGGUUCGGUUUCAUUGCUUUCCUUUCUCCCAAUAACAUCGCUUUGACUUAUGACAAGAGAAGCCCAGGCCAACAUUCUUCUCUGUUGUUGUUGGGUGGGUUUGGACAAGCUGUGUUCUGUAUUUGUAUUUUUACUGAACAAAAAAAGAAUAAUUGUAAAUAUGUUUAAAAUGCUACACAAAUUCAAUAAAGAUGUUUCAAAAG